AGGGCGCUGAUAAAGGUGUACCCGCGCGAUGAGCCUCGUACGCCACCGUACGCUGAUCCUGAUAGCUCUCCUUUGACAGCUACGCCUACAACACCUCGCUCAUUAAUCAAGUUUGCUAACAAGACAGAGAGUCUACUCUAUAAGGAGGAAUCCUGCGAUCUAGAUCGCGUUGAGAGGCUAGCAAAGGCUGCUGUAGUUAACGCGCAUCUUCUAGCGUCAGCUACAGAGGAACUACAUAACUUGAUAGCAGCAGCGCGCGAGCGUAGGAAUAGACAAAGUAGCUCGCGUAAGCAAAUAAUAAAGGGAGGAGUAUUGAUAGCGGGAGGGGCUCGAUCUGCUAUUAAUCGACGAGCUCAGCAGGACGCUGAGAAGGCUAUACGGCAGGCUGCGCGAUAG